CCCGCCGCGCCACCGUGCUGCUGCUCGCUCGGAUCCUCCUCUCAUGACACACCUCUGUGCUUCUGGACUCGACUGAACAUGGCGGCCUCCUCAGGAGUCAAGGUUCCACGCAAUUUUCGCUUGUUGGAGGAGCUUGAAGAAGGCCAAAAGGGCGAGGGCGAUGGCACAGUCAGCUGGGGCCUGGAGGACGAUGAAGACAUGACUCUCACACGGUGGACAGGCAUGAUCAUUGGACCCGCAAGAACCAACUACGAGAACAGGAUAUACAGUCUGAAAGUGGAAUGCGGACCUAGAUACCCAGAGACGGCGCCGACUGUUAGAUUUGUAACAAAAAUUAGCAUGAAUGGGAUAAAUAAUUCCAAUGGAACGGUGGAUUCACGUAGCAUACCAAUAUUAGCAAAAUGGCAGAAUUCCUAUAGCAUUAAAAUUGUUCUUCAAGAGUUAAGGCGUCUAAUGAUGUCCAAAGAAAAUAUGAAGCUUCCACAACCACCAGAAGGACAAACCUACAGCACCUAAUCGUAAUGGAUUGUUUCGACCCUCUGUCUUAAACCCUAUUCUCUUAGAAAUAUUGUGUAAAGUUAUCAAGAGGCUCAAUUCACACAUCAACAGUAUCGUCUACAAGAGCAAGAUUGGACUUUCUUAUUACAUAGCUCAUUAAAAAAAAAGAGAAAUCUCCCUGCAGUUAAGCACCGAGUAGAUAGUUAUGACGUCAAAACCACAGUUAUCUGCCUUUAUUCAAUAGUUAGUUUGACAAUGACUUUUGUGUUUGACCUGUUCCAGCUUGAGUAGGCUUGAAGAGGGAAGCAUGAUGCCAUACAGGUUGUACCGACGCCCAGUUUUAUGUUCAAAUGAUGAAUCACUGAAGUAAAUGACAAGAUGGGUGUUAGAGGACAUGUUUUGUAACUAAUACCUAGUCAAAGAGAAGCCAGGUGUUUUGAAUUGUUAGUUAAAGCAGUUUCACUGAAAUAUCCAGACUGCUGAAUCUUUGGCUGUAGUUUAAAAGUAGUGUCACAAGGUGAGCUUUUUUUUUUUAAUAUAUAAAUAUAUAUCUGUAUUUGACACAAUACCAAUAUGUUUCUGUUCUGCAGCUCUUUGACAUGUAAUGGACGUUGAAGCCUGUCUGUUCUGGAAACCCUUGCAUUUAACUUCUAGUGUAAAUGGCAGGUGUUGGAAAUUGUGAUUUUUCUCAAAUUAAAAUCACUGCGAAGAAAAAACGAGAA